AUUGUAAUGAAAUAACAUUCAUCAGAGUCAACGAAAUUUAAUCAGAUGAACAUGUGCACUUAUUUCCCCAUUUUUUGGAUAUUAAUAUUGUGAUUGAAAAUGAAAUGAUAUAUCUAUUAACGGUGUUGAAAGAAACGUCAACUAGCGUUUAACGAAGUAUAUGAAAUGAAUGUGAAUGAUGUCUUUAAUUCCGUUGGACGAGGGAGUACUAACCUGGUUCCCCGCACCGAAGUGGAGGGAGUUACCAAGGGUUUCCAACAAAUAGUGGUGUCCUCACAAAAUGAUGGGCAGAUAUGGGCGAUAAUAGGAUGUGUGUUGACGAUAGGAAAUAUCAUUGCAGCAUUUGUUAUCUACACAUGUAGGCGAAGGAAAAGGAAACUUAGAAAGAGAGAAAAUGCUCGAGCCAAAACUGGCAAUGUUCCAAGUGAUUCUCAUUACACACUACCCACCAACCAAGAUCCACAUUAUCUCCAAUUAAGGGACAGUUUAGAAGGUUUGGCAACCAGAAAGAGAAGUGAUGUAGACGACGAUGGAUACCUGACGACAAUAGGAGAUCUCGAGAAAAGUUCUGGUUAUACUGAAAUUCUGCAACUUUCCUCUAGUCAAAGAUCGAACUCCCAUUAUCAAGACAUUAUAGAUGUAGAUGAUUUAUCACCACCUUCUCACCUUCUUGUUCACGGUACGCGCAGUUUGGAUAGAAAUUGGUAUGACGAGGACUGUCCGAAAGAAGAGAUUGACGUACCUCUGCGUAUUCACAAGAGAAGAGAUCAACAUCUUGUCAACAUGGUUAUACCCUCAGACUCGGAUCUAACAGGGGAUGUCAGAGAGAGCUGUGUGUUAUCGCCAGACUUGAUGGAUGAUGGGCUUUUUGAAUCUUUACAUAACUUUGCGAAGUAUUUCACUUCCUUGAGUGUCAAGAAAAGAAAAGAAAGCUCCGAAUGUCAACUAGAAGUUAUUGUAACAGCAGAUGAUGAUAAAGACGAUAACAGCAAUGUGAAAGAAACUGAAAACACAGAAAUCAAAACAAGAGACGAGGAAAACUCAUUAUUUAGAUGCCUGCAUAUCGAAGAGAAAGACAUAUUAGUACAUAGCAAUGAAAACGACAACGAAAAUCGUACUAUAACAAGCACACUUCCGACACAUGUUGUCCAAAAGGAAACAUACCAGAGCAAUGACAGAAAAAGAGAAACCAAAGAGCUAAAUAGUUCUAGUAUAACUGGACACCAGGAACUUGCAUCAGAUGUAGAACACAGAACAUGCAUUUCUCCACUACAGCAGGAUUGGUCGAGUGGAAACAAUGCAGAUGAAGACCACGCUCCCUCUUGUGCAAACGACCAAACUAAAUCGUCGAUCUUCAUUCCACAACGCACAAAAAGUAUUGAAGAAAACAAAAUCACAUUGACAGACACAAGGAAAGUUGACAUAACAGAAAGCAAGCAUAUCUCCACCAUGGCACCCAAGGUCGAUACAUAUGGGACCAGCGAAACUAAUGUUCUUUUAUCGUUGAAGAAGAAAAGGAAUAUGUUUUCUGAGCCGAUAGCAUCUUUUGACAGUGAUCACUCACUUAACCAUUAUGUCCGUAAAAACGGAAUUCUCCUUCCGGUUAAGAACCCAACAGACGACAAAGACGUUACCGACACAUCAUACAAGAGGGACACUAUCUAGAACAUUAUUUUCCCAAUACCUUCAUUUAGUAUGAAAUCACAACCAUAUUACCUUCUCUUUCUCUCUUUGACUUAUGAAAAAGAAAGCAUUCUAUAAGUAUUGCAUAGUAAUAUAUAUUCCCCUACGGACCGUUUAGUCGUUAGUAAUUCAGUCUUUCAAACGAAGUUCAGAGAUUAAGUGGUUUGCUUCAUGAAAAAGAAAAUUUCCGGCGUAAAGAGUUGUACACAGUGCAUACCCACAUGUAUUUCAAAAAUGAAAGUUGUUUCUUAAAUGGCGUCACAAAUUAUGUUAUCACUUCUUGCGUUUUUAGCUCACCUGAGCUGAAAGCUCAAGUGAGUUUUCUGAUCGCCUAUUGUCCGUCGUCUGUCCGUCUGUCUGUCAACUUUUUACAUUUUCGACUUCUUCUCCAGACCUACCUGACCAAUUUCAACCAAACUUGGCCAAAAGCAUCCUUGGGUAAAGGGCUUUCAAGUUUGUUCAAAUUGAAGGGCCAUGUCCCUUUCAAAGGGGAGAUAAUCACAAAAAUGUAAAAAUAGGGUGGGGUCAUUUAAAAAUCUUCUUCUCAAGAACCACUGAGCCAGAAAAACUGAUAUUUACACGAAGACUUUCUGACAUAAUACAGAUUCAAGUUUGUUAAAAUCAUGGCCCCCGGGGGUUGGAUGGAGCCACAAUAGGGGAUCAAAGUUUUACAUACAAAUAUAUAGGAAAAAAUCUUUAAAAAUCUUCUUCUCUAAAACCACUGAGCAAGAAAAGCUGAUAUUUACAUGAAAUCAUAUGAAAGCUUCCUAACAUAGUGCAGAUUUAAGUUUGUUCAAAUCAUGGCCCCCGAGGGUAG